GCGGGGCGGGGGCUCCGCGGGGCUCUGUAGGACGGCGGCGGCCCGCACACCCGCAAUGGAUCUGCUGCUGCUGCUGGGGAACACCAGCCUGGGCUCCCCCAACGGGUCCCUGGCGCUGCUGCCCCCCUCGUCGCCGUCCUCCGCCGCCCUCCUGCAGCCUCCUUCCCCCUACUCGCCUGCUGCCGUGGCCAGCCUGGCGGCCCUGGUGGGUUUCAUCAUCGUCUUCACUAUCGUGGGCAACGUGCUGGUGGUGAUCGCUGUGCUCACCAGCCGGGCGCUGAGAGCCCCCCAGAACCUCUUCCUGGUGUCCUUGGCCAGCGCAGACAUCCUGGUGGCUACUCUGGUCAUGCCUUUCUCCUUGGCCAAUGAGCUGAUGAACUACUGGUACUUUGGCAAAGUGUGGUGCAACAUCUACCUGGCACUAGAUGUGCUCUUCUGCACCUCCUCCAUUGUCCACCUGUGCGCUAUCAGCCUUGACAGGUAUUGGUCGGUCACGCAGGCGGUGGAGUAUAACCUCAAGCGGACACCUCGGCGGAUCAAGGCCACCAUUGUCACCGUCUGGCUCAUUUCUGCUGUCAUCUCCUUUCCGCCGUUGAUUUCCAUGUACCGGGACCCUGAAGGAGAUGUCUUUCCCCAGUGCAAGCUCAAUGAUGAGACAUGGUACAUUCUUUCUUCUUGCAUUGUCUCUUUCUUUGCACCCUGCCUCAUCAUGGUGUUGGUCUAUAUCCGUAUCUACCGUGUGGCCAAGCUAAGGACCAGGACCCUCUCUGAGAAGCGUACGAUGCCAGAGGGGUCCUCCCAGACUGAGAAUGGUUUAAGCCGCGCUGCUGGGGGCUGCACGUCCCUAAGGAUGCAGUUGGGAGAGAACGGACAUUAUUCAGUGCACCACUGGCGCAAAGCCUCUGAGCUGGAGGACAUUGAGCUGGAGGAGAGCAGCACCUCAGAAAGCAGACGGAGGCGGAGCCGGGAGGAGCAUCCUCGCAAAAGCAGCAAGAGCCAGUCCUUCUCCUACUCAUAUUCCUCCAAGCACUCCAGUAGCCGUCUUUCCCGCUCUAGCAAUCGCUCCGUGGAAUUCUUCUCAUAUCGCCGUCGUCGGAAGCGUAGCAGUAUCUGCCGUAAGAAGGUCACCCAGGCCCGGGAGAAACGCUUUACCUUUGUGCUGGCCGUGGUCAUGGGGGUCUUUGUAGUUUGCUGGUUUCCUUUUUUCUUCAGCUACAGCCUCUAUGGCAUUUGCCGGGAGGCAUGUGAGGUCCCUGAGACUCUCUUCAAGUUCUUCUUCUGGAUUGGGUAUUGCAAUAGCUCCCUCAACCCAGUCAUCUACACCAUCUUCAACCAGGACUUUCGCAGGUCCUUUAAACACAUUCUGUUUAAGAAGAAGAAGAAGAACUUUAGGCAUUGAGCUGGAGGGAUAAGAGGGGUGAAUUUGCCUUGAGCAAAAAGUGGAGUUAAAAGGGAAGGAAAAGGCUCUGUGCUGAAAAAGAAGGGAGGGAAGAGAACAUGGGGGUUGGGGCAUAGAGAGAGGAAAGAGGGCUCGCCCCCCUUGGUCGUGCAGAGUGUGGUGGGAUGUGGGGAUGGUAUCAGGGAGGCUGAGCAUGUUCACUGCGGUGCAGAAUGGCAACAUGGUGCUGAAGGAGCUGUUUUGGGGUAUGGAUGAGUAAACAGGAAAGGGAGGAAUUGUCUUUGAACCCUGAUGGAGGACACAGGGAGUCCACAGAGGAAAUUGGGUAAGACACUGAAAUGGAGAGGCCCAGAGCUUAUAGAGGCUCUGCAUUUUGUGGGAAAACAAACAGAGACAGCAAGAGGAAAAGAUUAAGUGGCAGUUGUGGUGGAAUAAUGGAUCUGAGUAUUAACAGAGCAGCUAUGGCCAUGGAUGGGCUUGUCCCGGUAAGAAACUGGCUAUUACUGCUUAUUUGGGGAAAAGUGCUAGGCACCAGGCACUGGCAGUCUUCUAGAUUAUGAAAGGAUUUAAAUGUUUGCCAAAAACAAACAAAAAACAAAAAAAAAACAAAAAACAAAAAACAAAAAAAACCACCCUAGAGAACAAUCCAAACUCUUUUCUAAAUAAACCUUUGUACUGUUAAAACCUUCUGAAUGAUGAUUUUACACAGGGCUUAAGUCAAGCAUGGGGUAUUCUUUUUCUUUAGAGGGAUUUUUCGCACAUAGAGCUGGUUGGGAAGUGUUUUUCCUAUCUUCCUGUAAAAUUUGUCAGUGGGACAAAUCUGGGAGUUUUGCAUGUUUUCAUGAAAUAUGAUAAAGAGCACAUACACACAAUGACCUUAUUUCCCCCGUUGGAGAUCCAGGCAGUAAAUUCCUACUCCAUCGCUCUCAGAUCAGUGGCCUAAGAAUCUUGCCAUCCUGGAGCAGGUGGCUUGUUAAAGACAAAUAUUCUGUCUUAAACCAAUUUCCAUUAAAACAAAAUCAUUUUGCUGAACCAAACUAAAAUUUUUCUGAAGUCAAAUUUCUAACUAGCUCAACUUAAAUGUACUGUGUGGGGAACUUUCUCCCCAUUAUUGUAGGUUCCCCCUCAAAAAGCUUAUCUCAGGGCUGGAUGGAUGCUGCUCUUAUCCUCAGACAGGCAGUCAGAGGCUCUCUGCUAUGCAGAUUUUCAAAGGAAGAGCAAUCACCACACCACUGAGGUCUUUAAAUCCUUCGUAUUUACAGAUUUAGAGCAAGUAAAUCCUUUCUAUUUAUUUUCUUUAAUGAGAAGCAUACAUUACAGGUUGUCAGUGGUUUGUGUGCACAAAUCUGAAAUGAAGGUGCAGCUGUUCCAGACCUUUAAUAUUAAUGCUGCCUUCUUUCCCUUUUCCUGUUUGCAUUUCUAGUUCAUGAUUUCAGAGUAUUUUGCUGGGGACCAGGGGGGAGAAGGAGUGUUUGGAUAGUUAUUAAAGUAAGCUGUGUUUCCCAUGGAUUUAUGACAUACAAAAUGUCAUAAACUGUAAUGAAGAGAGUUAGAAGCAGGGGCUGGUGUCUGUGUAUUCCUCACUGAGUGUGUACUGAGUGUAAGAUUCAGCUGAACAUUUACAUCCUUUCUCCAGCUGUGCUGCUGCAAGAUGUUAUUCUGUUUGCAGGGGUAAAUACUGCUCCAUUUUGUUAUGUGUAUCACUCCUUCCAUAGGUAGUAGGAUUUGGCAUCUGCCUCAAAUGAACCUUUCCAUAAUAAGCAGCUCUUCGAAAAAAUAGAAUGAAAUAUACAGCAGGCUUCUUGAAAUAGCUACAUUAAAUCUAUACCUGGAAAUCAGUAGAUAUGCCCUUCUUUACUCUCUCUCUUCUGUGUGAAAGUGUUUUUGCCCUCUCUUCUUUUGAAAUCUCUACAUCAGAAGAAGAAAUGAUAGAGCAGUCGAUUUGUUUCAUCAGUUUUUCAUUCAGUUCACUUAACCCUGGAAAGGCAAGCUGGCGGUGGUUACUAUUCUGGUGUUAAUUCAAUAAACAAUUCAACUUGAGGGCCAACUAAAGUGGGAGGGAGUUCUGCCUAAGUGAGGAUUGGAGGAUUGCACCAAACGCGUUUAAAGUUUGCUUAAUUUCAUUAAAGAAGCAACUGAAACAUUUUCAAUGUCUUAAAUCCAUAACUUAGUGGGUCCUUUCUUGAAAUAAGGCUUGGAGUUGUAAAAAGAUUUGAACUUUGUUUAAACAUUUGCAUUUAAAAAAGGCUUGUUCAGACAUUUUCAGGAGCAUCCCUAUGUAAAUUACAACUGUUUUGGUACAAGCGUGUACCUGAAACAGACAAAUAGAAGGAAAAAUAGCAACAGACUGAGAGGAGGAAACUACAAGCCAUUUUCUCUUGUGUAAAAUGGGGAAUUCUUUUUAAAAUGACAUCGACAAGAGCUGAGCAAGAUCAGAUAGUUUCUAGGUAAUCAUGUAGCUAAAAAGUUCAGGUUUGUUUUUUAUGAAUAAACUAUAUAAUUGCCAGAGCAACCAAAGCAACAUAUGGUAUAUAGCUACUACCUCUGAGCUACUGGAUAGUUUCAUUAGAGAUACCCAUUCCUACCGAGAUAAGGGUCUGGUAUUGUCACUUAACAUUCAUUUUGAUUGGAUUCCCAGUCUGCAGAAACACAGCAGUUUCACUAUUGCACUGUUCUUUAAGUCAGAUUUGUUGUCUAUAAGUGCAGUCCUUCUCCUUUGUUUUCAUAAAAUUCAUGGAGUCCAAUGAAAUUUAACUGACAAGUUUAAAGAGGAGGUGAAAUAUGUGUGGAAUGGCUGAUGUGCCUUAAAAGUAAUUUCUUUGCUAUCAAAUUAUUCUGUUAUCAUCAUAUAAUGCUUCUGUUUUUGUUUUGCAUUUCAAAAUGCCUAAAAAGGGAUUGAUGCAGAUACUGAACAUCUAUGUAUAGCAGUAUAUUAAAACCAGGACAUUCUCUGUGGUUUUAAUUUCUCUGUUACUCACCUGUUUCCAUGUCUGGAGGAUUUUAUUUCUCCUCAGCUAGGUGUAAAAUAAUAUUCAUCAAUAAGGAUGCGCAGUAUACACCCCUUUUAAGUGCAUUUCCCUCUAAAUUAGUGAAUACAGAGGAUUCUAUAAAUAUUGU